AUAUAUUUUUGGAUGAAAAGUUAGCAUUUCCCUUUAGUAUCUUCCUUUGUGAAACUUUGAAGUCUCUGGUGAUUAAUAUGCCUUCCGUUGUUAAAACACCUUCGGUUGCUUUUUCCUCCAACCUUGAAUACUUGGAGUUGAUGAAUGUAGAAAUAAAAGAUGAGGGGUUUUUCAAGUGGAUCUCAUGUUCCUGCAAAUCCAUCAAGGAAUUAAUUCUUUGCGGUCUUGGUCGCAUAAAAAAUAUCACCAUUGAAAGCUCGUCCUUGGAAAAAUUUGAACUAUAUGACGGCUUUUGUACUCCAAUCCAUCUUAACAUCUCAGGUGAGAAACUUGAAACCAUACGCGUUUCCUGGAGAUUCCGUUCGUCUAAAGGCAAAUCGUUAAAUAUUUUUGCUCCAAAACUUAAAUAUUUGUUUUGGAGGGGGAAUGUGAUGAAGAAAGCAAACCUGGGAAAAUUAGAAUGUGUAGAAGAAGCAUCUAUGUUUCUGGAGCCUAAAGCAGAUGACUUUGACAACCUGUUAAAGGUUUUUUGCAGUAUGCACAGGGUUGAAUAUCUUGUUAUAAAUGAAGCAACCAUUAAGGCUUUGUUCAGCGAAGGAGGAUCUACACAAGCUCGAUUCAAUAACCUUUCGUAUUUGGAAAUGGAUAUUCGGAGCUUUUCUGAUGAGCUCGUUCCUGCAUUGGUCUCUCUUUUAAGAGGAAUGCCCAAUUUGUGUACUUUAUACGUAGGUUAUCACUCAAGUCGUGACACCAAAUCUGAUGCAUCUAGGUUUGAUGUAGAACACUGGAAGCUCCAGCAUCUGGAAUUUAUUCAUCAAACUGAGGAGGUUACCAUAGCGCUUUCCAGUGGGUCGAAUGGGAUUGAGUUUGCAAGGUAUAUACUCGAGAAUGCCGAGAAGCUGGAGCAAAUGACCAUAAUUCAUUUACCCGAGCAAUCUGAUGCUGUACAGAAGCUAAAUGAAAGUAAGAUGAUGUCCAAGGCCACAGUGAUCUUCAAGGAAGACAGCUAG